AUGGCUGCGGGCCUGGCAUCCCGUCUCCUCCAAGGCCACACCGACCCGAACAUCAGCACUGCAGCUGCCAAGGGCAAGAGUCUAGAACAGCAAGCAAGCGCAGUCGACGAAGAGCCGGCAGCGGCACAAAGCCACAGAGCCAGAAUCAGCUGGGGGCGCCAACAAAAGCAACAGACGCCCAGGAAGCGCAAGGAGCCGACUGUGACGGAAUCAGCAGCCUAUCGCAAGAAACUCCGCAGCGCAUCGCUUACCGCGGAUCAGGCAGAUAGCACGUCAGCUCACCCCAAAACGGAGAGCGCCGAACCCAAGCAGCAGAGCAUGAGCGGACUAAGUACCCCGAACCGCCAGGCAAAGGGCACCGGCUCCCCAGCCAGAACGCCACACGGGCAUUUCAUCUUCGCCCAUGGCGGCAGCGACUCACCGCUGCCGCCGCUGAUCGAGGUUGCUGGCGAUGAUUCUCCGGCCAGGGUCCCACUGGCAAUGCUAUCGAGUCUGAGCCGUUCGGGCAUCUCGGUCGAGGCAUUUGGUAACGGUGACGACGACGACGACGCAUCCCUUCACUCGGACGCCGAGCUCGGAAUUGAGAUGGAUGAGGAUGAGGAUGAGGAUGAUGACGGCAUCUUCAUGAUGGCGAUGAUAACGGCGAUGACGAUGAAGAUGACGACAGACACAGCCAGGGAGGCGACGAAGAUGACGACGGCAGAGAAAAUCCGGGACGAUGAUGUUGCGAGCCGGUUUGCUGAGAUGCUAGCCGGACGCGCCAUUUCAGGAAUGGGUAACGCUCAGCGCUUCCGCCCUCUGGUCGCCACGCUGAAACGGUAUGAUGACCCAACCGAGCAGUUGGUGGCACUGCAGGAGAUGGCCGAGCUGCUGUCGAUAUCGACCGAAGAGUCGCUUAUCGGACUCAAUCUGGGUGAGCUAUGCCAGGUGCUGGUCAAUCUGCUCAAGGGCGCUGACGGUGACUAUGGCGAGCUGACUGGCUUCAUUCCUGGUAACCCGGACAUUAUGCUUCUGGCGUGUCGGUGCCUGUCCAAUCUUCUGGAGGCACUUCCCUACGCCGGAACCAUCCUGGUUCGCUUUGGUGUUGUGCAGGUGCUGUGCAGCAAGCUAAUGGAGAUCGAGUACAUUGACCUGGCCGAGCAGGCACUGUCGACCCUGGAGCGCAUCUCGCGAGAAUUCCCGGCUAAUGUCUGUGAAGCCGGCGGCAUGUCGGCCUGUCUGAUGUUCUUGGACUUUUUCGCUACAUCAACCCAGCGCACGGCGCUAUCGUGUGCUGCCAACUGUGCACGCGGCAUCACCAGCGAGUCGUUCCCUCAGGCGUGUGAAGCUAUGCCUGUGCUUGAGCGCACUGUUGUAUUCAGUGACCAAAAAAUCGCCGAGAGCUCUUGUGUGGCAUUGCUUCACUUGUUGGUGUCGGCCGAUCUGCUCAAGGUUGCUGUGGACUGCGUGCAGCCGGACAACACAGCCACUGCUAGCACGCCCACCACCCUGCUGCUGCAGAUGCUGACCAUUACCGUAUACAGCUCGCGAGAGCGCAUGGCUCAGCUGUUGGAUCUCGACAUCAUCCCUGUUCUCGAGCAAAUCUUGAUCAGCAAGUGCAUCGGUCAUUCGGCAAACCAGUCUGGUCCAGGACAGCCGCAGCCGCAACAGCAGGCAUCGUCAGCAUCUGUUACGCGUGUUCCGGAUCAGGCAUGGGAAGCACUCCGCCUGCUUGUCGCCAUACUUCCCCGCCUACCGUCGACUAUCGCGGGGCUGACCAGAGCCGAGGAACUAAUCAAAGGCAUGCCUAUCGAGACAAGUGAUGCUGGUUCAGAUGCAAAGCAGCUGGAGCGCCUCCGGGCCAUCGAGGCGCGUCCCAAGGUCAUCAAGCAGCUGCAGCUCUCGCUAGUGCCGACCAUGGCCAACAUCUUCCUGUCGACGAUGAACACGGCAGCGCGGUAUCGCAGCCUCUUGGUAAUACUGAAGAUUGUGUUCUUUUUGAACACGGACCUUCUGCAUGCAACACUCAAGGGCGUUUCGGUGUCGACCUUUGUGGCCAACAUUAUCUCGUCGCCAGAGUACCCGCUGCUCUCGGGCAUCUCGCUGCUGCUGAUCCGGCUUCUGCUGGCCAAGCUGCCCGAUGUCUACGCACAGCGGUUCAUCCGGGAAGGCGUUGCUGAUGAGCUGGGAGAGCUGGCGUCGUUUGCUCGCACUGUAAUGGAACGUGCCGAACCAUCGGACAAAGGCAACAAGGAGGAGGGGUGCGACAAGGACGACGACAAGGUCGACCUAACGUGUCUCGCGUAUGGAUUCAAGAUCCUCAACGUCCAUAUCCCCAACUCGUCGCGCAUCAACCCAACCGCCAACUCGGAUGCGCAGGCGCUCCAUGGCCAGCUUCAUGCGGUAGAACCCCCAGUAGCGGCUGGCAGCGAUGGAAGCGUGCUCACUCGUCUCAGGCGCAUUUCGCAGCAGCUGGCCAGCCAGGGUGACGGGCCGAUGUCUGGUUCGAUUGAGGAGCUGGCUGCGUGUCUCGAGUCGCCAGACAGUGUGACCUGCUAUGAGCUGAUGCAGAGCGGGAUCAUUGACUCAUUGCUUGGCAUUAUCAGCCGCAAAGAAGCCAGUCAUGAUGAAACCAGCCAGCUCAUUGCGUGCUUGCUGCGUGCAAAGGACGAUGCAGUUUCGGCGUUUGUCAUCUUGCUGUCGCGGCUGCACGAAGCGCUGAAUCUGACCGAGGACAUCCACAUCCAAGAGGCAUAUCAGACACCAAGCGACGAGACGCGCUCGGCAGCGCACAUGCUAACGAAACAGCUGCGCUUCAAGGUUGUUCCUGCCGAUGACCAAUCGCCCCUGGCCCGCGAGAUAACAGCCACAAUGAGCCGUAUCCGGCAGUCGUUCCAGAACAUCACAGUCAGUGUCCAUGCCAUUGCGACCUUUAGCGUGUUGGAAGCGUACCUGCGGCCGCGCAUUGCGUUGUCCAUUGGCCAGAACCGCCGCCGCCGCCGCCACCGGCGCCAUUCCCAGCAGCCCAACCCUGACCAGGACCACAGCACAUCGGCUGCAUCCAAGAAAGAGGAAGGCUCCGAUAGCAGUCCAGCGCCCACAGCAAGCGCAGCUCGAGCGGCAGCCUCAUCAGGCAAGAGCCGGUCAGAGGGCCUAAACCGUGACCACGUUCGCAUGCUUCAGAUGAUUGCCCAGUCGUCGGGUAUCGAUCUUCGCGCAUCGGAUCUGUUCGAUCGACUCGGUGCUGAUAUGAGCGGCGAUGACGAGGACUUUACCAGCGACUCAGAGAGCGAUGGCGAUGACGAGAAGGACCAGGACAUGUCUGAUGGAAGGGAUGGCGGCGACAAGGAGAUGGCAGAGGAUACCAGUGACGGUGGCAAGAAGGCGCAGGACUGGCACAUUGUGAUCAAGCUCAAGUGCGAAGACGAGGAGCGCGUAGUCUCGUCGUCCGAGAACAUCUUCCGUGUUGUCAGUAAGAUGUGCCAGCACAGCGAAUCGCUGAGGACAGCCAACCCGUGGAUCCAGGUGUUCACGCUGCAGUUCCAUAUCGAUAUUGCGGAACAGCGUGUGCAGCUGGCAAGCCCAGAUCCACCGCAGCUGGAUGAGAUGCUUGGCAAGCAGAGCGCAGUCAUCAUCGAGCUGAUCAAGCAGCUGCAUGAGCAUCUUCCGCAGGCCGUGCGUAUCCUGCACCAGAAGCGGCUGAUUACUGAGGACUCGGAGCUGUUCAUCAACCGCAAGAUCGCAGCCAAGGUCACCCGCCAGCUCGAUGACCCCCUGCAUGUGGUAUGCGGUGCUAUCCCGCGCUGGUGUCACCAGCUGGUCCACUACAUACCGUUCCUGGUGCCAUUCGAGACCCGGCUUGCAUAUCUGCAAGCGACCAGCUUCGGCUACUCGCGCAAUAUCAGCCGCUGGCAGACGCUGGCACAGCCCGUGCCUCCGACAUUCAGAUCCCUCUUGGUCCGGAUCCAGCGCCAAAAGGUCCGUAUCUCGCGCCACCGCAUGCUCGAGUCGGCGCUCAAGGUCAUGGAGCUCUAUGGCACAGCCAAAACCAUUCUGGAAGUCGAGUACUUUGACGAAGUCGGCACUGGGCUUGGACCCACGCUCGAGUUCUAUGCGACUGUGUCGCGUACCCUCAGGGACAAGUCGCUGGAGCUGUGGCGCGAUCCGACUGGCUGGGCCUGUUCCCACGAGCAAUCAAUCCCGACUGUGCCGGCGACAUUGCCAGCAGCCGAGAAGACCGAUGAGUCGGGCAAGGUUCUGUCACCAACAGAGCGUGCCAUUCAACUGUUCAAGUUCAUGGGACAUUUUGUUGCCAAGGGCUUGAUUGACGGCCGCAACCUUGAUCUGCCGCUCCACGAGGAGUUCUGGGCUGCUACCGGCCUCUCAUGGUCCUGGGCGCAGCUCGAGCACGUGGACCCAGCCCAGACCAGGUCCCUUCAGUAUCUGCAGCAGUUUGUGGACCAGCGGACCGAGAUCUAUCAGCGCGAGGACCUGACUGCCGACCAAAAGAUGACUGAGGCUGAGGCAAUCCGUGACCCGAAGACCGACGCCUCGGUUGACGACUUGUCGCUUGACUUCACCUUGCCCGGGUACCCAGACAUUGAGCUGCGCGAAGGUGGGUCGAGCAUCCCUGUCACGAUCAACAACCUCCCAGCCUACAUUGACCAGGUCGCCCAGUGGACACUGGGCAAGGGCAUCCAGCGACAGGUCCACGCAUUCUGCGACGGCUUCGACAAGAUCUUCCCUGUGCGCGACCUGUCAAUCUUUGCGCCUGGGGAGCUGAGCCGCCUGGUUGGCCCGUCGUCAGACAGUGAAGACUGGGGCAUGGCGACACUGCUAGGCGCGGUCAAGGCUGACCACGGCUUCUCGUUGGCAUCACCUGCGGUCAAGAUGUUUUUGGACUUUAUGGAGUCGCUGGACUCUACUGGCCGCCGCCGCUUCCUGCGCUUUGUGACAGGGUCGCCGCAGCUGCCGUUUGGCGGCUUCCGUGCACUGCACCCGCCGCUGACGCUUGUGCACAAGCCCCACGAGGCACCACUGACACCCGACGACUACCUGCCCAGCGUCAUGACCUGUGCCAACUACAUCAAGCUGCCGAACUACUCGACGCCCGAGAUUCUGGCUGAACGCUGGAGCCGUGCAGUCACUGAGGGCCAGCAAAGCUUCCAUUUGUCGUAA